AUGUCCAAUGAUGCCAACCGUUUCGAUGAGUUUGCAUUCUGGUGUCACUCCAUACUAGUGGCACCCCUACAGUUAGCCCUGGUAAUCUACAUCCUAUGGGGGCACCUGGAGUACGCGUGUUUAGCCGGCGUCGCCGUCCUAUUGCUGUUCAUACCAUUCCAGGGACUGAUGGGCCGUAUGUUUCAGAGUAUACGCCGAAAAACGGCUCAAUUGACGGAUAAUAGGAUACGACUGAUGAAUGAGAUCAUCGCCGGUAUGCGAGUCAUUAAGAUGUAUACCUGGGAGCAGCCAUUCGCGCAGUUAGUCUCCACGGCCCGCAAGAAAGAGAUCCAACGGAUAAGACAAUCGAGUUUUCUGAAGGGCAUAAACCUGUCGUUUUACUUCAUGGCCGUCCGGAUCAUAGGGUUUGCCUGCUUUGUGACACUUGUGCUGAUGGGACGGGAGCUGACGUCGGAGCGGGUGUUCGUGUCGAUUGCCUUCUUCAAUAUCAUGAGGAUAACGAUCACCAAACAGUUCCCCAAUUGUAUCGCCGCCACCGCCGAGCUCCGGGUGGUUAUGCAUAGGAUUCAGACUUUUUUACUGCUCGAUGAGAUGGUAGCCAGCGAUGAGUUAAAUGCAAAUAAAUUUGAUGAUAAUGUGGAAAGGGAUGAGAAAAUUAUUACGGGAAAUAUUUGCGCAGAAAAGGGUGUUUUCAUUGAUAACCUAACCGUCCGCUGGAAUAAUGAAUCAAUAGAGCCGACCCUUACAGACAUUACUGUAAGCGUAAAAUCUGGCGAACUGUUAGCCGUUAUCGGAACGGUAGGUUGUGGAAAGAGCUCGCUAUUGAUGUCAAUACUGAAUGAGUUGAGUCCGGAGUCCGGUUCCCUCGGCGUGAGGGGUCGGGUGUCGUACGCCCCGCAGGAGUCGUGGGCUUUCAUGUCGACCGUCAGAGAGAAUAUUCUGUUCGGUUCGCCAUAUGAUCAACAAAAGUACGACAAAGUGGUGAAAGUGUGUGCACUGGACAGGGAUUUCAAGCUAUUUCCUUAUGGGGACAAAACACUGGUUGGGGAGCGCGGGGUAUCCCUCAGUGGGGGACAGAGGGCUCGCAUUACGUUGGCGCGUGCCGUGUAUCACGAGGCGGACAUCUACUUAUUGGACGACCCCUUGUCGGCAGUGGACGCACAGGUGGCUAAACAUCUAUUUCAAAAGUGUAUUGUGGAUCACUUGAGAUCAAAAGCCCGUAUUCUAGUGACACAUCAGAUCCAGUUCCUCAAAGAGGCCCAUAAGAUACUGGUGCUCAAUGAAGGCAAGUGUAUAGCACUGGGCAGUUAUGAGGAGCUCAAGAAGUCGGGAUUUGACUUCUUGUCAUACAUUAAGCCCAUAGAAGGAAUGCCGUCAAAGGACGGCUUAAACUUGAAUCUCAACUAUACUGCCGGUGCGCUGGCGAUGCCAUCCAUACCCAGUAGUAUCGGUGACGCCUCGGAGAUGGCCAGUAGUGAAGGGGUGGUAGACGUGUUGGAAGCCAUUGAAGUAGAGAAGGAAAUGGAGAUCAAGAAAGAGACUAAAAAGACGGGUUCAGUGGAAAGACGUGUGUAUUGGGAUUACACGAAAGCAGGCGCCGGACCACUACUUUUCAUAUUCACGAUAUCCGUGACUGUAUUAUCACAAGUAUUAUACCAGUCUAGCGACCUAUGGCUAACCCAGUGGACAAACUCCGAGAGCACUGGCGAUACGGUGGACAGGGAUUACAACAUAAUAGUGUACUCGUGCCUAAUCGGAGCCCUAAUACUAUCGGUGUUCAUAAACACUGUCACACAUUACACACUAUGCAUGCGAUCGUCGGUUAAACUAUACGACAGUAUAUUCUACUCGCUAUUGAGAGCACCCAUACACCUGUUCGAGAGCGCGCCCAUAGGUCAAAUACUUAAUCGCUUCACGAAAGACACCGGUAUUGUGGACGAGCUCCUACCGUCCAAUGCGUUUGAUUUCAUAAUAUCCAUAUCCCUGGUAAUCGGGAACCUAAUAGUGAACGCAAUCGUCAACUGGAUUCUCGUAUUUCCGGCAAUCGUUUUGCUAUUAUUGGUAUUCUUAAGUCGAGUUCUCUACAUCCGGGCGGCCAGGGAUAUCAAACGCAUGGAGGGGCUCUCCCGUAGUCCAGUCUACUCGCACGUCAGCACAACACUGACGGGUCUGUCGACUAUACGAUCAUUUGGUGUCCAAAACCUGUUUGAGCGCCAGUUUGGUCGCCACCAGAACGACAACACCUCCACAUUCUUCUUAUACAUCUGUACCUCCCGGGGCUUCGGUGUGUUAAUGGACUGGAUUUGUGUGCUGUAUAUCACGGCAGUCGUGGCCUUUGUUAUGCUAUAUCCCGAAGGACUUCCGGGAGGGAGUGCCGGACUUAUCAUAUCCUCCGCCCUAACCCUAACGACGACCACUCAGUACGCCAUCAAAUGCUCGGCAGAUCUCGAGUCCUAUAUGACUGCCGUCGAG